AUGUAUCGACAAUACCGACUGAUUGCCAGUAGAAAACUCCCGCUAUGGAAUCAGCCGCUACGUUGCCACCGACUAAAAAAGAACACGCGACUGUUGCAGAGAUGCUAUUCGUCCUCGUCCAUCUUUAGGGGAGCACGAAACUACUUUCUAGGCUUUGGCAACUCGGAAGACGAGACACCUAGAGACACUGUUGAUGAGAGUAUCCCCUAUGUCCAGUACCCUUUAUUCACAAGAGAGCAGUUGAAAAAGAUUGUCGCCGACAAGUACAAGUUUGACUUUGGUUAUGCCUCGUUUGGAUUCCACUCAGACUCGAUAGUCCCGUCCAUCAACUCGCUAAGCGACUUGACCGACCCGACCCAGCUAAACUCGCUAUUACCAAGAAGAAGACCCCAGGGCUCGCCUAGUGAUACCCUCAGCGUCAAGGCAGGCGACGAUACCAUGCUUGUUUCUCCCUCGGUCUUGGCCAUCGCCGAUGGCGUUAGUGGCUGGGAAAGCGACGGCUCCCUCGCCAACUCGGGCAUCUGGUCCCGAUCCAUUGUUGAGACGUUUAGCAGACUAAUGACGGAAUACAAAAUCAGCCAUUCUCCGCACCACUUGAAACGAAGAGAUAUCGAGGAAAUAUUGGAUGACUCCUUUUUGCACACAUCGCACCUUAUGGACUUGCAAAAGCUAAGCGGCUCAUCGACAUUGAUCUUGGGCAUGAUCAGCGGCGACCGGAUUUUGAUGAUCAGUGUGGGUGACUCCAAAAUCUUCAUCAUUCGAGAGAAUAAAAUCAUUGCUACAAACAAGGAGGAAAUGGGCGAAGGCUUUUGUCCAACUCAAAUCGGCACAAACACAAUGUCCAAAAUGCCCUCUGACUUUGCCUGGAUUGAACUGUUCAAACUACAAGAGAACGAUUACAUCGUGGUGUGCUCCGACGGAAUCACCGACAACUUGUACGAGGAAGAAAUCGUCAGCUACAUCAGCGAGUUUGUCAAUGUCAAAAAGAACAACUUGAAAACUGUGGCAAACAAAUUGCUCAUCAAGGCUAAGGAAGUGGCGUUUGACGACUAUGCAUACACCCCAUACAAUGAAAAAGUGAACCUGGUUCUAAACAAAAACUCGGGAAGCACACACCACAGUUGCGGCGGCAAAGUCGAUGACAUGUCCAUCGUGGUGGCAAAAGUGGUAUUGAAUGGGAAAUAA